AUGAAGCCGCAUGAAAGUUUCAUCGCAGAAACGUCGGAGUCGGAGCAUUUCAAGGGUGUUGGUGUCGCCUAUAUUGAAUGUCGAUGGGUGAGUGAUGCACCCUCAGUACCAGCGGAUAGCUUAACGGCCGCCGAGUCAGAGACUAACGAGGCAGCAUUUGAGGCACCUCUAGCCGCAAGUGUAGAGGAUUCUGAACCAACUGUAAGCGAAGCGGCUUCCGAGCCAGCUGUAGGCGAGAAGGCUUCUGAACCAGCCGAACGUGAGGAACUGACUCACCCUCGCGCCCGACGAAAUAUUUGA